UGUGACGCGUCGAAAUUUUAAGCAGUGAAAAUUAUAAAAUACAUGCAUUAAUAGUGUAAAUUAUCUGAUAAAUAUAUUAAAAAAGUGUGAUUCUAUAAACAAUUUAUAAAAUUUAUAUAAAUGUAAGUAGGAAAGUCUAUGAGAAGUGCGUUAAUUUUGCAAUUAAAGAAUUGCAGUUUGUAAAAUUGAGCGAAUGAAAAUUUUACAACCAAAUAAAAAUCAAAGAGAAAAAAGCGUAUUACAAGCAAGAAAGCAGAAGAAGCGAGAAAAUUGUAAGAAAUAAAUAAUAUAGUCUUAAGAGGUUAAAAAAAAAGAAAAGAGGCAAGUUAGAAAAAAACGCGUACGUGCCGCUUGUGUGGCGUAUACAGAAAAAACGUAUAGCUGGAAAAUCAAAAAAAAAAAAAUAAUUUCUAUAUUAAAAGACAAUUAAAAAUAAGUUUUAUAAAUAUCUAUACACCUACAUAUAUAAAUCAGUAUAAAUCAGUAUACUUAAGAGUGAAAAAUUGUGCACUUCUAUUAUAAUGAGUGUCGCUGCAAUGACUAUGGACGAUCAAAGACCUUUGAUGAACAGUUAUGACAAAAUGUCAAGUAAAUACGAACAAAGCAUGCAUGGUGUCGGAGGCAGUGGCUCAGGUGCGCCACCCUCCGGGCCCGCAUCGCCUACACCAUCUGGCUCAGAGGAGCCCACAUCGCAUCCAUAUACGCACCAUCAUCAUCAUUCGCACCACCAUCACCAACAUCAUCACCAGCAUAGCGUCGCUGCGGCAGAACAGCGCCAUCGUUUGUUAGAAGAAGAAAUCGAAACUCUUAAACUGGAGCAAACACGAUUACAACAACUACACUCCGACGCACAACGUCGGGAGAAAAUCCUCAUGCGACGUUUGGCGAACAAGGAGCAGGAAUUUCAGGAUUAUGUGAGUCAAAUCGCUGAAUACAAAGCUGCACAAGCCCCUACUGCAUUGGCGUUACGGUCGGCUUUACUUGAUCCAGCCGUGAAUAUACUCUUUGAAAAACUAAAGAAAGAGUUAAAAGCUACUAAAGCUAAACUAGAAGAAACCCAGAAUGAAUUGGCAGCAUGGAAAUUCACACCGGAUUCAAAUACGGGCAAGAGAUUAAUGGCUAAAUGCCGCCUAUUAUACCAGGAAAAUGAAGAAUUAGGAAAAAUGACUUCUAAUGGACGUUUGGCUAAAUUGGAGACAGAAUUAGCAAUGCAAAAGAGUUUCAGCGAAGAAGUAAAGAAAUCCCAAUCAGAGCUUGAUGACUUUUUGCAAGAAUUGGAAGACGAUGUAGAAGGUAUGCAGAGUACAAUUCUAUUUCUACAGCAAGAAUUAAAAAUUGCUAAGGAACGUAUCGAUGACUUAGAAAAAGAAAAUAUCCAACUUAAAAAUGGUGUAACAAGCAAUGGAAAAGAAUUGGUUGAAGACGAAGAGAUUAUGCAUAGGCCACUUAUUGAACAAAAUGGAAAUUCGUUAACCGAUGCAACUGACGCAAGUUACGAUUACGAUGAAUCCGAACAAUUACAAAUACAACAACAACAACACCACCAACAGCAGCAACAACAACAGCAAUACCUUCAGCAGCAUCAUCAUCAACAACAACACCAUCAACAAGAACACCAGCAACCAGAACAUCUACAAGAACAUCAUCCGCAAGAACACAUUCACCAUCAGCAUCAUCAUCUGCAACAUCCACAUCUGCAGCAAGCUCAUCAUCUACAUCAAAUUCAAAUGCAACAAAUGCACACAACAAAUGUCAACGAAACAAAGUACCAUAUUCCAGCACCACUAGAAAAUAUUGAUGAAAAUGGCUGUUUACGUACGCAUAUGUCCACGAGCAUUUACUAUAAUGAUGAGCCGCAAAUACUGGCACCGUUACCCAUACCCAUUCAGAUGCUAGGUGAAGAAUGUAAUAGCAAUAGCAGCAGCAAUAAUAGUAAUGCACCCGGCAAAAUUAGAACAGUAGCUGCACGUAAACGCAAUUAUGACAGCGAUUCCGAUAACUUGAAUACUCCCGCAGUAGCAACUAUUUUACAGAAACUGUCCACACCGCGUACGUUGCCACCUAAAAAAUCAAAAUUAGGUCGCACACCGGCAAGACGGACUUCAAUGGACUCAACGGAUAUGACUGACUGUGACAUGAGUCAUAUAGUGUCAGUUGGAGGAGUUGGAGGAGUUGGCAUCGGCAAUGGUACAGCCACUAAUUUGGUUGUUGAUAAUACAGUUGGAGGAAGUAUGACAACUGAAGAGAAUAGUGCUAUGAUUGUAGAUGAAGUAAUUGACAGCAAUGGUGUGCCACAACGUAUAAUGACGCGACGUAUGUCGAUACGACAAAAUGGCAUAAUCACUGAUGGCUAUCAUUGAGAUUUUAGUCAAUAUAAAAAAUAGAAUUAUAUCUGAUAUUUGGCAUAUGCUAUGUGACUGACGGCCGAUGUCUGUAUUUGAUUGAUUAUGUAUAAAAUAUGGUGGUCCUUAUGAAAUGCAAUGUUUAUUAAGUUUAUGCUAUUUUUAUUAUAUAUAUUGUUUUUUUUAGUAAUUUAUGAAUUGAUAAAUAGUUAUAACAACAUAAUACAAAUCUGUAAAUAGUAAUUUAAACUAAACAUUUUUAAACCGCGCAGGUUGACGAGUAUA